GGGAACCGACUCCCGCUGCGCCAGCUGCACGCUGUCAGCUAGUGGCCUCGCGUCUGGUUUUUCCGCGGCCGCUUGGUGGGCGCGGGUCGCCGCGACAGGGGCGCAGCCGCUCCGACAUCGUCCCUUGAGAUCGCGCGUCCGGACCAGCAGGAUCAUCUGUCCCUUCCCGGGGACCCGCCACACUUACACUGACAGCGGCUUUGCACCUUACAGCGCUCGCUAGUCUUUUCAGUAUCUUCGGGUGGCUUCGAACCCGGGGAAGUUUUACCUGGCGCUGAACACUUGCGUUCCCCAGCGGUGGUUGCCCGAGUUUCCAGGAAAACCAGCAGAUGUCUGAAACGGACCCUUCCUCUGGAUUGGCGGGAAGUGUGGAGAAUGGAACUUUCCUUGAGCUGUUUCCCACGUCCCUGUCCACAUCGGUGGACCCAUCCUCGGGCCACCUGUCCAACGUCUACAUCUAUGUGUCCAUCUUCCUCAGCCUCUUAGCCUUUCUGCUUCUCCUCCUCAUCAUCGCCCUGCAGCGGCUCAAAAACAUCAUCUCCUCCAGUUCCUCCUACCCGGAGUAUCCCAGCGAUGCCGGAAGUUCUUUCACCAACUUGGAAGUCUGUAGCAUUUCCUCUCAGAGGUCGACUUUUUCCAACCUUUCAUCAUGAAAUGGAAGAACCCCAGCAGGUGGCAGCAGCUUAGGGUUUUCCUCACUGGCAAGUGGCGCUUAGAGAGUUGCCUCAGGAAACAAAGGACCCUCUUGGGUGAGGCCAGUUUUCCCUUCAUCUUGGACCUCUUUUCUGUUCAUGAUGUUUUGCAUUUGUGAAUGGAGAAGCUGAGGCUGACAGAAAUGCGAGCAAACCUUGAAGUGCAGAAUUUUAUGCCAACUGCUUGCCAAAUCCAGAGCUGGCUUCAUCAGGAAGAUGGAUUCCUUCCAUCACAUUGAACACUGGACUGCUCUGAAGCAGCCUCUCAGUGGACGCUGCAUGGUGACCCUUGAAACUGUGACCCCAGCUGAGCCAGCAGAAGCUAGCAAAAUUAAGAUUGAACUAUUUAAAAGAUAUUUUCCAUAUUUAAAGUAAAUGGAGACACUAAAUUAAGAGAGAGAGUCAAUUUAAUGUAUGACGUUUUUAAGAGAGAGUAAAAAUCUGCUAGAUGUUUUAUUUCACCUUAACAAAUGAAAAUCACAUUUAUUGAUGAAUGUAAGUAAUUUUGAAAAGUUUAGGAAGAGUUCAACUUUUAAAGGCAAGACAGCUAUGGGUUAUAUUGCUGUUUGUAAUGUAUUUCUGUUUCCUGGUUUGUUUGGUUUUUUUCCUACUUACAUUCUAAUCAUAAUGUACCACUGUUAUGGGAUUCUUUGUGAUAACUGAUGUUACUAUUACUAAGUGAAGCAACAGAAGAGACAUGAAAAAUUUUUAUUUAUUUUUUGUCUGUAAUUUCCAUUAGCAUGAAAGAAGCUACGGAAAAUGCUCAGUUGUAUAUUUUUCAGUAAUAAUCCCUAGCAAUCGUGUAUAUUUUUUUCUUUAGUUUCAUAGUCUUGUUUAUUUUAGCGCAGAGUAAUGUUAAGGCUCUGAGAUGUUAGCUGUUUAUUUAGUCAUAUUAGGCUGCAAAACUUAGAGACUAAUUUGCUAAUAUACAUGUUAUUAUAUACUCCAUGGAUAUUAUACAGUUCUGGUAAUUUGUUGUUAUAUGUUUAUGUAACAUGCUGCAUUUGGGUUCCAAGAUGUCGGCUUCUGUUAAAAAUUGUAGGCCCUCAAGUUGUGUAGCCACUGACAGCCCCAGUGACCCUGGUGGCUGCCAAACUGUGAUCAGUUGAGUAUGUCUGAAUUCGGAGGCAGGAUUGCAGAGUCAUCUAUAAAAUGAGGCAUAUAUGUUUGUGUGGACAUGGAAUGUGAACGAAAUCAAGCUGCCCCCGAAAACAAAGCAAGACAAACAAUUCAUAAGAAUAAGCAUUUUAAUUUAAUUUUAAAAAUUAAGUUAAGUCAAUAAAUGGCCCACAGCAUAAACACUGAACUUAUUCAACCAACGGAACCCACUGUAUCAACAUGCCACUGCAUUCCCAUGACAACUGAAUCAUUCCUUGUUCAAAACUUUCCGUGAUCUUGAGUGGAGCUUCAGCACAUCCUUCGGGUGGAUUGCACAGUCAGCACUCUCCACAGACUAGAACAAGAAAAAGAGUCCAUCAUUUCUACAGGGUCUAUCUUUGUCAUCCUCAAAUGCUGAGAGAGUGGAGAACUGGUCAUGAGGAUCAGAAGGCUUCUUCCCCUGCUGUUUGUAAUCCAUAAACCUCACUGAAAUCAGACUACAUUUAACUAUUUAUAUAUCAAAAUGUCCCCACACAUCAUAAGACUAGUACAGAGUUGCUGCCCUAAAAUGUAUAAUUAGUGAAAAUUUUGCCUCUGCUGCCGUUUAAAGCAUAGCAGUGGGCUGGGUGUUAUUAUGUAGUAUAAAAACUGGACUGGAGAAACUCUGCUAUUUUAGAGCAGUAUUAGCAUUUUCUGAAUGUAUAUAUAUAUAUAUAUAUGUGUGUGUGUGUGUGUGUGUGUGUAUGUAUGUGUGUAUAAAUAUAUAUGUAUUGUGUGUAUGUGUGUAUUCACAUAUUACCAAUUAAAAGUUGUGUAAAAGCAACACGAGAUUACAGAGGCUUCUAUAUUAUCUGUCGCUAUUGCUCUUUUAUUCAUCUUGUGCUAUUUUGGUUAUUGAGGGGGAAAAAACGACAUGGGUGACAUGGUUUUACAAAAUAAAAGGAUGAAUUUGCCACACCAUAAGACGCUCUGAGCGUGAUCUGUCUUAAGCAGUAGUUUUGUAUCCUCUCCCUGUGGAACAGAUAAAAAAACUUCUGACAGUAAAACUACUUAAAAAAUCAAAUCAGAUCAAAUC